AUGCCAGAAACAUAUAAAAUUAUUAAACCAGAUUCUUUAAUUUUUGAAUUUACUUUAAAUGAUCGACUUUUGAAAAAGUGGAAAAUGGCUAUAAAUGAAUCUAUUCCGUUGUUUUUACAUAAUUCUGAAUCUGUUGAAAAUGGAAAUUUUUAUGUUUGUUUGGAGAAAACAGGUUUGAAGUUUGGUAACGUGUUAUAUCGCCAAAAGCUUGUAAUGCCAAACCCCCAAAAGCUGUUGAAUUGCCAAACCGUGGAAAAAAGCCUGAAAUGUUAA